AUCUGACAGUUGCAUCCAGGAAAAGCAGACAGAUGAAAGCGAUCUACAGACAGCCAUCCCGUUGAUAUCUGUCUGUGUUAACAUGUUUAACAGCGCUUCAAGACUUAAGAUGAUGCACAUUUCUUUAUGCGUAAUGAUGAUUACGCAUACCCCGUGACGUGUCCUGGGAUGAAAACCCCACCCCCCACCCUCUGGUAGCAGAAAACACCAUGUUGGAUAAAAACAGUGAUAAUGGACAGCAGACUGCACAGUGCUCAGACUGUGGGAGUAGUUUCAACCUGCCACACCCUGUCUCUGACCCCGAUUCAACCGACGCUGCAGGCUCUCCUGAACAGCAUGCGCACACAGCAGACAAUUCUUCAAAGUGUCCAUCCUGCCAGGCAGGCAGCAGCAGCAGCAGCAGCAGUGUCCCCAAUGGUCGACGCCCACACCGGCGCAUCCGGCUGGACCCUCACACCUGCAGCCUCUGCUCCAAAACCUUCAUCUCCUCUGCUCACCUGACUCUUCACCUCACCACUCACAAUAAAGAGAGGAAGUUUAGAUGUAGCACCUGUGGCAAGUACUUCCAUCAGUCAUCCCAUCUGAUGGCACAUAAGUUAAUCCACAGCGGGGACAGGCCAUUUAAAUGCCCAGAAUGUGGGAAAACCUUCGGUCGUGCCUCACAUCUGAAGACACACCGUCGGCUCCACACAGGCGAGAAACCCUUCAAAUGCACCUACUGUGAAAAGUCUUUCACACAGAAGGCCGGGCUACUUGCACAUGUGCGUCUGCACACAGGAGAACGUCCAUUCAAGUGUGAGCAGUGUGGGGAGGGUUUUCGUUCUUUGUCAGCCCUGAUCUCUCACAAGGCCCAAGAGGCGUCCGGGCAGGCCAAACCAGCAUCGGCAUCAGCAUCAGUAUCAGCACCAACACCAACACCAGCAACAGCAUCAGCGCCAGUGCUCAGCCAGCCUCAGAAGCCGCCAAGUAGUAGUUUAGUGGAUCUGAAGUGUGGCGUCUGUUGCCGCACCUUUGUACGCUCAUCAUACAUAAGGCUGCACAUUCGCCUCAACAAAGGACAGAGGCCUUAUCAUUGCAAAGUGUGCAACAAAACCUUUGUCAAGCUGGAUACGUUUGUGAACCACUGUGAUAAACACUUAAGGCAGAAAAGGGACAAAAACAAAGAGGUUAAAGACAAAGUAGUGAAACCUCCCCUGUUUGUCCCGCUCUCUAGGCCUCCUUCUCCGGAGUCCUUACCCACUCAGCCUCUGUCCUCAGAGGUCAACACUCGCUCCAGAACAAAAGCAAAGAUUAAAACAGAGCCAUGAGCAAAAGGACUGGCCCUUCACUGAGAAAUAAGUUUACCAACAAUAACAACUGUGGGAGAGUUAUGCUGUGUCAUGUUUAAUGUCUUUUUAAGAAUGGUUCCAUAGUAAAAUGUGUCACAUGUUUACAAAUGAUGGGAGAAAGGGACAAACAGCUCAUUUAUAGUUGAAUGAUUCAUAAUUCUCUACUUCUCUAAGUUUUAUUAUAAAUGUUAUUUAUCUUUAAUAAGAGCAGUACAAUUUUGCAUUUUAAUGUAUAUUUAAUUUAUUUAAUUCCAAUUAACAGGGUUAAGUCUCUCUAAUGUAAAUUGUUGGUUGAAAUAUUAAGUCAAAUAAUCCCAAACCAUUCUAAUUAAUAGUUAUGUUGACUCCAUACAAUGUAUAGCACUUUUACAAAGUACUGUGGAAAUGAAUUGCUUAUUGUAAAACAAUAUGCAAAGAGUGAAAAUUAACAAUGACACAGUGCGGAGGAUAUAUAUUAUGUUGCACUUUGAGACAUCUGUUAUAAUCAGUCUGCAAAUAUCAAGUCAUGCUUUCUCUUGACUGCUGGCUCAGUUGGCAUUUCUGUCAAGGUUACAAUAAUGUCCCAUGAAUCAUUGUUAGCAUGCAACUUCUUCUUCUUGUAACCUGGUUCAUGGUGUGCUAAUCACCUGGGCCUGUAGUUAUGAGGCUUAACUCUAGAGGUCAAUAUGUCCUGCUGUCCUUCCGUUUGACUGUCACAUUCACACUUACAUGACAGCUACGCUUUAUUCCAGGUCAGCAGUAGAUCACAGCUGAUACCUCACUAACCCAGACCCCCCCGCAGGAAAUGCGUCACUCUGGAUGUCCAUUGCAGAAGCUGUCAUCUCCACAUGGGGAAAGUCUUAGUCCCAACAUAUGGUCAGAAAAAAAUAACAACAACUAAAGAACUGUAAGGACGGAAACAUCAAGUCACCCUUUGGGAGACAGAUAUAUGUUAUAGAGUCCCCUUGCAAGAGUCAAGAAUGAGUAAAAGAUGAUUAAAAAGUGGAACUUAUGUCUGUGAAACACUCUAAUUAUACAGCCUGAUGUAAAGUAAUGAUGUUUGCCUUGCAGUUUUCUGUUGCCUCUGUGCUGCUUUUUAUGUUCCAGUGCAGGCUAACAGUCAUGUGGCGUCUCCAGACAGGGUUCCUGCGCAGGACAAUGCUUCCACUGAUGGUGUCCCCUUCAUACACACUUUCUUGUUUGUCAAGCAUGAAGAGAGAGUCUACUUCCAGUGUGUCGGCCUGAAGAGAAAUUUGAAGAUAUUGUCGUGUUUGCAAUUGUUUUCUUCUUCAGACACUAAAAGACAUUUGCUCUGUGUAUAUGGAAUCAAGCUUUGAUUAUUUUAAUGUUGUUUUACGGUAAGUGACAUUGCUGAAAGAGCAAAGGAGCACUUCUGUCAGUGAAUAAACUAUCCUUAAUUUAUGUUGUAAAUGA